AUGUAUCCCAUGCCCGGCGCCAUUUCUACGACUGUCAUGGCGGCUGCUUUUCUCUGGCCGCUGCUGUUGUUCCUACUCCCCUCGUUGUCUUCGGAGAAACCCCCGUCUGCUAAUAUCUACACAGGCACCGUUGACAUGCCAGAUGUCAUCGAGGGGGACAUCUACAUGCCACCAAUCACAUCGGUUUCCGACCUCAGGGCGAGAACAAAAGAGACUCCCUUGUGGCCAGGAGGCGUAGUUCACUACAUCAUCGACGACGCUUUUGACUCGUGGGAGAAAGAAGAAAUCCUCAGCGCCAUGCAGCAGAUCGAGUCGGUCUCGUGCGUCCAGUUCAGGGAACGCGCUGAUGAAGAAGGAUACAUCCACAUUUUGAGCAAGCAGGGGUGCUUCUCCGAAGUCGGUAUGUCCGGACUUCGGCAGCUGGUGUCUCUCAACUUCGAAGUCUGCGCCACGUACGGCACGAUCGUGCACGAACUGUUGCACGUCCUGGGACUCUGGCACGAGCAGUCGCGGGCCGACCGCGACCGAUACGUGCGGGUUGUUUGGAACAAUGUUGUGCCAAGGUUCAAGGCCAACUUCAUGAAAACCAACAGGGUGCCUUACCUGGAGGAAGACUACGACUACGAGUCCAUCAUGCACUACUUCUUCAACGCCUUCUCCAAAGACCCCGAGCAGGCCACGCUGGUGCCCAAGAACACUGGCGUCGAGCUGUUCAAUUUAGGACUUGCCUUCAAGGAGAAUCGCAUGACCAAGGUGGACAUUCACAAGCUCAACACCAUUUACCACUGUCCCACCGACAAGCCCGCGGGUCAUGACGAUGCACACCAUGAAUAAACUCGCGCUGUGAUAUAGUA